AUGGGUCCUUUACGGAGUGCCCAGGCGAGAACGCGCCCUCGACGAGAGACCGUACAGCAUCCUAGCGUUUUUGAGGACUCUGAUCACGAUGAAUACGCCGAUUUCCACCAUGUUGAGCCACCUUCCAAACGCAGACGCACCCUGCGCAAGACUCAGGAUUCGCCCAAAUGGUCGCCCGGAGAUCAAGAAGAAAGAACCAGACAUUCGGAGCCAGAUCGCGCACGCUCCAACUUGCGCACACCCCGGAUAAACGACGAAUACAAAACCCCUCGAACCCGCCCUCGAACAGGCAAUGAUGGGAGGAAGACAAUACGCACUACAUCUCGAGUAUCUGCUAGAAGCACAACCCGUGGAGGUGCUCGUCCUCGUUACAGUACUGCCGCUGCCGCUUCGGCCGCCGUAGCACAUGGAGAUGGUUAUAAGCCAAGAGAGGAGCGAGGCUGGGAAGAGUUUCAUCCUGAUCUGGAUCUUGAUGCCGAUUUUGCCGUCUUACUCUCCGAGGAAGUUGAUGGCACCCUCAAGAAGCUGUCAGUAGAUUCGACUGGCCAAGUCGUGGGAGGCACACCAAACUCAACGCCUGUCGCGGGACCUCCGGUUUCUCCUCGAAAGAAACCUGGACGACCAGUUCGCAAUCCAAACGCCAUGGUACACGCUUUACUCACCCCCGAAGUCCCCAAGUUUGUUCCAAUACCAGCUCCCAAUCCUCGCGAACGCCUCACUUUGAUGAAACCUUCCUACCGAGAACUUGAUCCUUUCCUUUCCUAUGAACAAAAGGAUGUUGCCCAGGUCGAUUUCGUUGAUAAAUCCAUGGCCCAUGUUGGUUAUCAAGAGAGUGAAAUAUUCCUACGCCCGGAGCGGACACACAUAAGGCAAACUGAGGGUUCUGCCGAAGAAGAUCUCGAUCUGAGCCCAGACUUAAUCACUAAUGGUGAGAACUCUGCUAUCGGCAGUAGCGGGGUGGGUCGAGUCGAGUAUGACAUGGACGAACAGGAUGUCAAGUGGUUGGAAAACUUCAACCGAGGUCGAGCCAAAGAUGGCGUUCAAACUAUCAAACCCGCCAUAUUUGAGAUUACCAUGACCAAGGUCGAGAAAGAGUGGCAUGCUCUGGAGAAGAGGAUACCGAAACCCAACCCUAAGGCACCUCAAACACAACGCCCCCGCUCCAGUUCUGCUGCCGCUGUCAAUGGCGAGCCUGCAGGUGAAGAACCUGACAGUAAAUGCGCUAUUUGCGAUGAUGGUGAUUGUGAAAAUGCCAACGCCAUCGUCUUCUGCGAUGGUUGUGAUUUGGCCGUCCACCAAGAAUGCUAUGGCGUUCCCUAUAUUCCUGAGGGUCAAUGGCUCUGUAGGAAAUGUCAAUUGGUGGGGAAUUCGCGGCCCAGUUGUAUUUUCUGUCCAAAUGAAGGGGGUGCGUUCAAACAAACCAACAACUCUAAGUGGGCACAUUUGUUCUGCGCCAAUUGGAUUCCUGAAGUUACUAUUGGCAACCCAUCGUUGAUGGAGCCAAUUACCGAUGUGGAAAAAGUUCCUGCCAGCCGUUGGAGGCUUACAUGUUAUAUAUGUAAGCAGGCUAUGGGAGCUUCAAUCCAAUGCAGUGACGGCCGAUGUUAUGAAGCUUUCCACCUGACUUGCGCUCGCCAAGGUGGCCUCUAUCUCAAGAUGAAGACCGGAGGUGGUCAAAACACACUGAUGGAACAAUCACAUCUGCGAGCAUACUGUCACAGGCAUACUCCUGGGGACUGGAAAGCCGAGCACAAUACUGACCGCGCUUUUGAAGAGGCAACUAAAUACUUCAAAGAACACUUCAAAGGCCAGAUCUGGGCCGAUAGCCGAGCUUCAGCACUAGCCAUCAGCGAUAUUCACGACAUGCCUAGUACUGAGAAAGGCUUGCAACGAAUGACCCUGACUAAUAAGAAGGGCCAAAAACAAAAAACCAUAUGGCGCCUACCAUCUGGUGCUCCAGUUAUCCCUGAAGUCAUUUUGAAAUCCAUUGAGGAUUCGCUCGUAAGAUUCACCGUGCAGAAGAAGAAGGAGUAUGUAUCUGAGAUUUGCAAAUAUUGGACGCUGAAGCGUGAGGCACGCCGCGGCGCCGCUCUAUUGAAGCGACUCCAACUUCAGAUGGAUACCUUCAGCUCUUUUGAAGUCACUCGACGCGAUUACAAAGCUCAAGGUGCAGUAGGACGAGCAAGGCUGGAUCGACGCAUUGAAUUCGCCGAUAGAUUGGCAAAAGACAUGAAACAAAUCGUACAGCUUUGUGCACUGAUAAAAGAACGCGAGGCCGCCAAGCUUCAGGAUGCAAUGCUGUUAAAGGAUGUUGUCGACACUGUCUAUUUCCCGAUACCACAUCUGCUCGAGCCAAUCGUGGAGAAAGCAAUAAAGCUUGAUCGUGGGCUUUUUAGGACUGCCUUGCUUGAACUCCAAGCUCGAGUAUUGAAGAGGGAGCAUACUUCAGUGGCUUCUUUCUCCAAUGAUGUGGUGCGCGUGAUCAAUUCACAGUUUGGAAACAGUGCCUCCAACAUCUCGGAGUUAAUAGCGCUUGUCAGUGGACGAGCGGAGGACAUGAAAACGGAAGAGAGAGACCGCCGUACACUGGCGCGAAGAAUCGUCAAAGCCAUCGAACCACUGUUAGAGGAUGCGACUCGAAAAGAGGCUGAGUUAAAUGGUCGACCAUAUGCACAACAAAUACGCGAAAUGGAUGAAGCUCUCAUUUCUCGGCGUGGGUCGUUGGCUGAGUCGAUGGAAACACCUGGACUCGAUAUUCUGGAACUCAAACCUGCAGCCGAAGUAGAAACUUUCGGGGACGGCGACAUUGAAAUGCAAGAUGUCGUUGAUGUCAUCACCAAGACCGAGCCCAGUCUCGAAGUGGCGACAGACCACAAUGCCGUGACGGAGAAACCAGACGCUUUUAAACCGGGCGGCCUCCUGCAGGGAGAUCUCAUGGUCUCUGCAAGUACACCACCUGCAUCAACCAAUGGAUUUAAACAUGAACCAACGACCAAUGACGCUUUGAACAAUACACCCAACCCACCACUGGAACCUCCAACUCCGCCAAUGAGCUUAGAAGGCCAUGUGCAGACCCUAACCUGUCAAGGCGGCAUCCCUUGGUACGUCGCCCAAUUCGACCCAGAAGGCACGACAAUUUUCGAAGAACGCUGGACUGGGCCCGAAGUACUUCGAGACAUGAGCGAAGAGCUCAGCGAAAUGGAUGAAGACGAGCUCCAGGAUCUCGGCGGUGAAGAGAUUACCAACGAUACCCAAAUUAAUGGCCUUCUCGGCGCCAUUGAAGAUGGCGUGGACGGACCGACUAUCGCGGUUGAAUCCUUGGCUAUGAGGAAGAAAACGGCCGCUACUGGCGGCCGCCGCGGAGGCAGGCGAGGUCGGUCCUCGGAUUGGGGUGGCAAGUCGUUCCGCCAGCGCAGAUGA